UGCUAGUAUAAUUAUCUGUUUAAACAAAAAAUUUUCUUCUUAAGAAAAAAAUAAUGAGCAGUAAUGAGUUAGUAAGGCAGAGAUCAACAAGUAUACCUCGAGUUCCUGAUAGUUAUACAGAUACAAAUUCUGAGCAGACAUCUCUUCGUACACGAAGUAUAUAUCUUGUCUAUCCACCUCCAGUGAAAUAUGAUCCAGCUCCACCGCCUAGAAUUGAUCCCUAUUUCUAUUCUAAACAAUGUAAAACUAUGCUAGCUGAAACUUCUAAUGCAAGUCAUUAUAUUCAUGAACGUGCAAAUCUUAUGCUACGCAAAGAAUAUGAGCGGUUUCAUAACCAAUGGUCUUCUUAUUAUUAUGGAAAUAGAAGAGAGAAGGAGGAUUAUCGGAAAUAUAUUCGUGAAGGAUUAAAACAACAAAUGAUGGAUAAAAUUAAAAGAAAAAAAGAAGAAUGGUUGAGUAAAUCAGCAGAAGCUAAACAAAUCCGAGAUGAUUGUGAAAAAUACUUCCAUAAUAAAAGAGUCAGUGAACAGCAGAAACGUGCAUUUCUACUCACAUUCAGGGAUAUUAAUAAGAAGGUAAACUAUACGCCAUACUUCAUUUAUUACUCUAAAUAUAAAUGA